AUCCAUUAAUAGUUUGGAGUGUACAAUAAGAAAAAAAAUAAUUCAUCAUGAAUAGCUUAUUUCUAAUUAUAGGCAUUGCAACUGUUAUGUUUCUAGCCAAUUGCGAGCAAAAUGUAACUCUUGUGGAUACUGCGCUGAGUAAGUUGCAUACGACAUGUUUGAAGAACAGUGAAAUGACCGAAGAAAUGUUUACUAACUCAUCAAACGCCCAAGAUCCUAAAAUGAAUUGUUACCUGGGUUGUGUUUGGAAUGCGACGGGAAAGUUCGUAGGUGGAAAACUUCAACCAACUAAAGUUUUACAUUCAUUCAGACGACACAUGCAUCACACUAUGGGUAUAAUGCAUGCUAACGUAGCAAAAUGUAUUUCCAAAGCCAAUAACGAAACCGGUGAAUGUAAUAUUUCAGGAGUUUUUAAAAGCUGCCUCGAAGAUAACAUCCAAUUCCAUAUUCUUAUAUGAUGAAAUUUUUUUCUUACUUCUACAUAAUUAAUAUAGAGUAGAAUAUUAUUUUGUCACACAUUUUCAAUGAAUAAAGUUGAUGUCAUAAAUAAACCUUUAGCCACUCA